GAAGAAACUAAAGUAGAAAUGUUUGAAUCCAUUGCAAGAUUAGUAUGGAAUUUCGGAUUAAUUAACGAAAGGGUUUCUUCACUUUGUGCUUGAAGCAAGAAAAUUUGGGAUAAACAAUGUCGUCUUCUUCUUCUUCCUUGGAACAACCUGGAGUCAUAACCUGCAAAGCGGCGGUGGCAUGGCGUGCUGGUGAGCCAUUGGUUAUGGAGGAAGUUGAAGUGAGUCCACCUCAACCUCUUGAGAUCAGAAUCAAAGUUGUAUGUACAUCUCUCUGUCGUAGUGAUCUUUCUGCUUGGGAAUCUCAGUCUCUUUUGCCUCGAAUAUUUGGCCAUGAAGCUGCAGGUAUAGUAGAGAGCAUUGGAGAAGGUGUAACCGAGUUUGAGAAAGGAGAUCAUGUGCUCGCUGUAUUCACUGGAGAAUGUGGGUCAUGUCGGCAUUGCAUCUCUGGGAAAAGUAAUAUGUGUCAGGUUCUUGGAAUGGAGAGGAAAGGUUUGAUGCAUAGUGAUCAGAAGACACGCUUCACCAUCAAAGGCAAACCUGUUUACCAUUACUGCGCGGUUUCAAGUUUCAGCGAGUACACUGUGGUUCACUCUGGCUGUGCUGUCAAAGUCGAUCCUUUGGCACCUCUGCACAAAAUUUGUCUGCUAAGCUGUGGAGUAGGUGCAGGUCUUGGUGCAGCAUGGAAUGUUGCUGAUGUACAAAAAGGUUCAAGUGUUGUGAUAUUUGGUCUUGGAACUGUCGGUCUUUCGGUUGCUCAAGGUGCCAAACUCAGAGGAGCAACUCAAAUAAUUGGAGUUGAUAUAAAUCCAGCUAAGGCUGAACAAGGAAAGACAUUUGGCGUCACGGAUUUCAUCAAUUCAAAUGACCUCUCUGAACCUAUACCCCAGGUAAUCAAAAGAAUGACAGGAGGAGGUGCGGAUUUCUCAUUCGAAUGUGUCGGUGAUACAGGAGUAGCUACUACUGCUUUACAAUCGUGCUCGGAUGGAUGGGGAAUGACGGUUACUCUAGGUGUACCGAAAGUGAAGCCUGAAGUUUCAGCUCAUUACGGACUUUUCCUUUCCGGGAAAUCUUUAAAAGGGACUCUAUUUGGUGGUUGGAAGCCUAAAUCUGAUCUUCCUUCACUCAUUGAAAAGUACAUGAACAAGGAGAUUAUGAUCGAUGAAUUGGUUACGCAUAACCUGGCAUUUGAUGAAAUCAACAAAGCUUUUGAUCUUAUGAGAGAUGGAAAGUGUCUGCGUUGUGUUCUUCACAUGCCAAAAGCACCAAUGGAGGAGGAAUCGGAGAGAAGGAAAGCCAUCGCUCUCUUCAUGGCUUUCGGUACCAAAGGCGAUGUCUACCCUCUCGCUGCCAUUGCCGCAGCUUUCGCUCGUGUUCAGAAACACUACUGUGUGGUUUUGAUGUCACAUUUGGCUCAUGAGAACCUAAGCUCUCACUUGAUCAAAGCAAACGUUUCCUAUUUUCCUAUCAAUUCUCCUCCUGCUCUGUCUAGUGAACCUCAGAGUACUCAAAACGGAACAGAGAAACUAUUUUUGGAGGAAAAAGAAAGGAUAAAAAGGGAACACAGACAAGAGUGUCAUUCUGCAUUCAGAAGCAUUUUCGGAAAGGAUUCUUGUAUGGAGGGUGAUUUCGUUGUCAUAAAUUUCUUUGCAUUGGAAGGAUGGAGCCUUGCAGAACUUUUCCAAAUCCGUUGUGUGGUAGCGGCUCCUUAUGUUGUUCCGUAUAGUCCACCAUCAGGCUUUGAAAGACAGUUUAGGAAGGAACUCCCAGGUUUGUACAAGUACUUGAAAGAAGCCCCCAUCGGCAAGGUUAGCUGGAGUGAUGUAACUCAUUGGAUGUGGCCUCUUUUUACUGAAGAAUGGGGAUCGUGGCGCUACGAGGAACUCAACCUAAGUUGUUACCCUUUUGCAGAUCCAGUAACAGACCUUCCAAUUUCGCAUAGCCGGCCGCCAUCUCCCUUGGUCUUGUAUGGUUUCAGCAAAGAAAUCGUCGAAUGCCCUGAUUAUUGGCCAUUGAGCGUUCGAGUCUGCGGCUUUUGGUUUCUGCCCAAUGAAUGGCAGUUUUCGUGCAACAAGUGUGGAGACAAUUCUUUUGCAGGGCUCCUGGGUACAGACGAUUCCCAUACAUGCUCAAAUCACACUGAGUUGUAUACUUUUAUAUCGUCUUGUGAGCCAGCUCUGCCUAUCUUUGUAGGGUUGAGUUCUGUUGGAAGCAUGGGCUUUGUAAGGGAUCCAGUAGCCUUUCUUCGAGUUCUCCAAUCUGUUAUCCAGAUUACAGGUUACAGAUUUAUCAUUUUCACAGCAGGUUAUGGACCUUUAGAUGCAGCAAUUGGGACCAUUGCUAAUAGAUCAGAUUCAAGUGAGAAACAACCGUUACAUGCGGGAAUCUCUAUUUUCAACGGCAAGCUUUUCUGCUUCUCUGGUGGUUCUGUUGCUGCAGCAUUACAGGGUGGAAUCCCGCAGAUCAUAUGCCCAUUUAUGCUCGAUCAGUUCUAUUGGGCAGAAAAGAUGUCUUGGCUUGGAGUUGCUCCUCAACCAUUGAAAAGAAACCAUCUGCUUCUAGAGGAACCAAAUGAUGAAAACAUCAUGGAAGCUGCACAAGUGGUAGCAAAAGCAAUAUACGAUGCACUGUCUGCAAAAACUAGGGCUCGUGCCAUGGAAAUUGCUGAAAUAUUAUCUCUUGAGGAUGGAGUCACAGAAGCUGUGAGAGUGCUUAAAGAAGAGGCCGCUGGUCCUCAAAGUGCCAUAAUGAAACCGACCAUCCUUUAUCACACUUUUAGCAAUCGAAGAAGGCCGAAAGCGCCACCACACGAAACUCACAUUCUCCCCAGGAGUCUGCAACAUCAAGAAUUUAAUUCAAGAGGGUACUUAGGUCGCUACAUCAAAGACAUUAAAAAAGACCAGCUCAAGAUCACACUCUGGAAUGGGGAAGUCUUGUUGGAGAACGUGGAACUGAUUCUUGAGGCGUUUGAGUAUUUACAGCUUCCAAUUGCUCUCAAGCAAGGCCGUGUUGGGAAAUUGAGCAUUAAAAUUCCAUGGAAGAAACUUGGUAGGGAUCCUAUAAUCAUUAUGCUUGAAGAUGUCUUUAUAUGUGCAUCACAACGGAAUGAUCAAGAGUGGAGUUCAGAUGUCGUUGAGAAAAGAGAGUUUGCUGGUAAGCAAGCUAAGCUUGCUGCUGCAGAACUAGCAAAAUUGUCCAGGCGCGUCGACAGUCCAGCGGGGAAGUCUUUUUUCUCAUUUAUUGCUGCCAAGGUUCUUGAUAACAUUCAAGUGUCCAUCAGAAACUUUCACAUCUUAUACUCCGAUGCACAACCUGAAUCAGUGCAAGUUGUAUUAGGAUUGCGGUUUUCAAGCUUGACAGUUACUAAACAAAACUCAGUUGGGCCAUCAGUUGGUAGGGUGAGAGGGGGGCAAGUGAAUAUACUUGUGGAGAUUGAAGGUUUGGAAAUAUAUUGUGACAUGUAUGAGGGAAACAUGGACUUUCCAAGUGUUAAUGAAAAAAGAGGUUUUGACAACUGGUGCCAGUCAAGAUUGCAAAGCAAUAUAUUUGGUUAUUUACUGAAGCCAGUCCAUGUUUCUGUAACGCUAUUGGUCAAUCGAUCUGGAGAGAUUUUUGACGAUCUUCCUCAGUAUUCUAUCAGCGCUGAGUUGACUGAUGUGGUCAUGACUCUGAAUGAAUUUCAAUUGCAGCAGAUUCUUAUUCUGUUAGAUUACUUGCAAACCAGCCAAUUGCGUGAGAGGUAUGGGCGGUAUCGUCCCUGCUCCACUUCCAUAUUGAGGAAACCACCAGGAUGGCAGAAACUUUGGUGGCACUAUGCCCAAAAAUCAAUUUUAUCUGAUGUACGUAAGAAACUGUGGAAAACUUCAUGGAGAUUUCUUGAACAGCGAAUGAGAAUGCGCAGGAGGUAUAUCAACUUCUACAAGAUAAAGCUAGAUUUCCUUCUCAGAGAACAGUCAAUCGAUGAGUCUAUCCGUUUGGGUUUGGAAGAAGUCGAGAAGAAGUCUGAUAUUGAUGAUAUCUUAAGUUAUAGGUCUGCAGCGGAAGGUGAGAUGCAGGAAGCUUGUUCAGAAUUGACAGUGAACAUGGGAGCGACUGGUGCCACUGGCUCCGGAAAGGAACAGAGCGCCCCUGAAAAGGAACCGAGUGACGAUCCUACAUUAAAUAAGUCGCGUGGGUGGUUGAACUGGUUGUCACGGGGAAUGCUUGGUGCCGGAGGCACAGAGGAUUCAAGUCAGUUUUCUGGUGUUGUUUCUGAUGAAGUUGUCAAGGAUAUACACAAGGCAACAAAGUUUCACCCUCUUUCGUCAUCUCCUAGAAAUACAAGUGCAACUGGUAAGAUCUGUACGUGCUCCAUUCGACUCAACGUACCCAAAAUUUCUGGUACUUUGCAACAUAUAACUGGGAGUUCUUCUCAAGUUAUUUCAGAGUUGGACAUUUUGGGGGUGAUUGUUGAAUGCAAGUCUUGGAAAGAUUCUACAGCCAUGAUUGUAUCUGUUAUUUCUGGAAGGCUGCUCUAUCCUCACAAUGGGAAAGAAAUAUUAACCAUGAAAGGGGUCUGUUCUCAGAGUGAUACACUAGAAACGAAACCCUCAUAUGGAGCACGAUUGAAGUUGUCUAAAGAUCAUGAUGUUGCAUUGUCAUUAAAGGUCACCCUUCAACCACUUGAAGCUGCUUAUGAUGUAGACUUCUUUCUAGCUGUCAGUAAAUUUUUCAUGGGUUCAAGAUACUUCAAACUCCAACAUGAAAGGAUUUUAUCAUCACUCAAUGGCCUUGAAAGUGAAACGCGAUUGGUAGCGAAAGCUGAAUACCUCUUAUCAAGCCGAAAUAAAGUUAAGUGGGACCUGGACAUAAAAGAUCUUACCUUAAGUUUCCCUGGACGAUUGGUUGAAUCAGAAAGCUAUAAUCUGGUUCUGGUAUUGGAAUCUCUUUCUAUCACAUCUAGUAGCACAGAUGCUCUUAGCCCAAGUCCAAGAUUGGAGUCUGAUGCGGACCAUGUGGUCAAUAGCUUACAAAGUUCCGUUGCAGCCUUGGAUGCUUUUCAAGUCAAAGAUCUCUAUGACCAUUUUGAUAUCAAAAUCUGUAACCUUGAGAUGAAGCUCAUGAAGAUUCAUCCUUUCCAAGAACUUCCCCUUGUGGAGAAAUCAUCUUUACUUAUCAAGUUUGCGUCUUGUAUAAUUCCGGAGGAGUCGAUUUCGAAGCAGUUGGAGGUUGAAGCUACUCUGCCUAUGUUCAAUGUCCAUUUCUCUCCGUCAAUAUUUAAAGGAGUCAUGUCUGUGAUUGAAUAUCUUGAUAUUCAGGAUCAUGGAGCUCGAAAUGCUCCACCUUCCCCUGCUCCCAUCUUUCACUUCACCAUAAAAACCAACUUGGCAUUUUUCAGGUUGCACGUCAAUCUCGAAAAUGAAGGAGAAAAUAGCACAGUGAUUGUUCUUUCUAUACAGCAGCUGGAUCUCUGGUAUUCGCUUACCAAAUUUGAAGAGUGGUCAGUCCGUGCGAAAACACUGGAAAUGACAGCUUGCUCCUCUAAAGAUGCAGCUGACAGUCAUAUUUUAUGUUCAUCUGCAAAUCUACUCAAAUCUUCUUCCCAUGGACAUGGGAUGGAUGCUCAUACUAGCGAUCAAACCAACAUUAUUGAUUACGGAACAACUCCUGAAGCUGCUAUCAGCUUAAAUUGCAAGAUAGCCUCCUAUAAGAUCUCGUCUAGCGAUACAAAUCCAUCUAGCCUUACUACAGAUACCAGUGCUCCAGCAGAAAUUCCUCAGUUUGAUUUUGAAAGGUUUGGAUUCUCAAACUUCAUUGAAAGUAGAUCUUGUGGCUGCAUUCCUCUUGACAAAUAUCCAUUUGUAACCAUUUACAAUUCGGGUUCUCUUGAUAGCCUAGAAAGUUCUCUGUGUUAUUCGACUUUUGACUGGAGGAAGUUAUUUAUAUUAAGGAAUAAAAAGGAUGGGGCACAAAUAGGUUUGAACUGCGAAUGUAACAGCUGUACUUUUCAACCAAAACGUGAUUGCCCUCUGAAUGGGCUUGCGUCAUCCAGUGAUCUUGGUCAGACCAAUCACUUUACAGUUGAUAUGCAUGUCUUCAACACCAAUGUGCAUUUUCAUGAUUCUUCAAGUGUUUUUGGAACUAUUAUACUGCCAGUAUCCAGAUACUUUCUUACCAUUUCAGAUGAUCAUCUCGAUUUGGUUGCCUCUGCUGAAGACUUGAUGCUGGAGUCAUCUUUGUUCACCAACUAUUCUGGUGGGUUUCUUUGGAAACAUUCAUCAACAGAUGUCUCGCAGGUCUUGAACCUACGUGUAAGGAAGAAGGAUUUGGAGCCUUCUGGUUCUGAACUUGAAGUGAGCAUAGGUAUUCAACACACAUGCUGCAUUUUACCUCCGGAAUAUCUGGCCAUUAUAAUUGGCUACUUCUCUCUUUCUGACUGGACUUCGAAGUCUGGCCUGCAGUCGUUGCCACAAGCUACUGAGUUGACCAAGGCUCCUUCUGAGUUUGCCAUUGCUUAUAAAAUUGAGAUACUGGACUCCUCUAUAGUUCUUCCUGUGGAAGAUGAUGACCGCCGGCAACUGAAAGUUGACAUUCAGCAGUUAUAUAUUAGCUUUGUUCCAGAGUGUGCUUUGAACAAUGUGGUGCAGCACAUACCACAGGAAUGUGUUAUUCCGCUUAAUCAAGUAGCAGAGCGAGCUGACUGUUUAAACAUAUUUGGGCGGGACUUAUCGGUAUCAUUGCUGCUUUCUGAGAGUGGCAUAUCAACAUUCGAGAAGGACGCCAUGUGCAGAAGUAUCACUCUAGCUGCUAGCAUUAUUGCUGAUGCUUGGAUUAGCUUCCCUUGUGAUCGCAAUCCGCUAACGGAUUUGGCAUGUGUUAUGUCAAGGGUUGACGUUUGUGAAAUUGUUGUGGAUGAUUCAGAUGCCUUGGAUGGGUUUAAGGCAUUUCUUGAUGUGGUUGAUCAGCUUUCUUUAGUCGAUGAGGAAUCAAAACUUUUCGUGUCUGAUGUUCCUCAGUUUCUUCGUACGAAGAUGCGUCUAAAGCAAGAGUUGUCAGUUGCCCCCCUGGGAUCUUCCACAAGCUUUAUAAAAUUCAGAAUUUUUGUCAAUCUUUUGACGUCAAAACUGCAUCGGUUAAGGAAAGAUCCUGGAACACUGCUAUCCGAACCAGUGCUCCAAGCUGAUAUGAAAUUUGUUUGCUCUGGAGAAUUUAAAAAUAAUUUCCCUAUGAGCUUGGAUGUUCAAUUUUUCGAAAUCGGGAUUUAUUCAUUGCUGAGCUCAGUCAUGUUAGCUAGAUGCAUCAAUGCAUAUGGGGAUCCUUCUGCACUGAAAGUCAGAUUUACGGAACAGGCUGAAAAUGAAUACGAUCUCUGUUUUUCUCUUCCAUCUCUAGACAUCUGGUUACACUCUUUUGAUUGGAUUGAAGUUAUUGAACUUCUGAAAUCUUAUUCCCAGAUACUGGAAGACCCUUUUUUGUCAAAAGGUUCAAACUUGGAUAUGGAUGAAUCUAUUGGAGUGGUAAGGACUAUUUGUGACAAUACUGAUCGGGUUUUGAAUGUUCUGCAAACUGAGGUAUCAGAGAACUCUAGUGAGGUAAUGGCAUUUUCCGCAAGAUCAGAGACUAUUGGGGUCCAAAUCCAUUUUCCUCUUUGCACAAGCCAUACAGAAUUUCCAGGGUUCAUGGCAACUGAUGUUCAUGAGAUAUCUGAGGAAGAGCACACAAAUUUUUUUAAAGGGAAUUACUGUAAAUAUGUUUCUGUUACAGCGCGUAGUAGGAGCGGCGAACUCUCUAUUCUUGGGAGAGAUGUCAAACUGAGCUAUAAGAUUGAAAAAGCUCAAUGGGAUUCUUGCAAUAUCUGGGGUUGACACUGUCAGGUCUUGCUCUCUAUUUGGGGCGGCACAACUACUUGUAGAAACUAGUAUUCAGAUGGAUCAGAACAAAAUCAUGAGCAUAGA